CCGGAUGUAUCGUCUCUGCGGGUCUGGGUUUCUCAGCAGUGAUUUGUCGGUUUUCCGCGCUGGUGCUGCCUGAUUCCUACAGCUCCGCCCACUAUCACGGCGUGAACCGUUUUUGAACUGUGCGGGUUUCCACCCCCGCCCCGCAAACACGAACUGAUGGAGGUUCGUCAUCCCAAAGUCCAGAACAAAUGUGCGGGGCCGGGCAGGCCCGCCAAUCCCGGGGGUUUCCUAGACGGGCAUGCCGACAAAAGGGACACAUGUUCGGCGGCACACUCCGUCGACUUCCCGGUGUCGGUGGUUCUCCCAGCCGGCGGUACCGGAGAGAGAACCGGACUCCAAACACCCAAACAGUUCUGCUCUGUGCUCGGCAGGCCGCUCAUAAGCUACACUAUCCAGGCUUUCGAGAGGGUGUCGUGGAUUCAGCGCAUUGUGGUUGUUGUCGCCAAAGAGAGCAUGGAUCUGAUGGUGGACAUCAUCCGGCGGUUCCAACAUGAGAAGGUCCAGGUGGUGUCGGGUGGCUCGACUCGUCACCGCUCCAUAUGCAAUGGAGUGAUGGCGCUGGGCGAGGACGGGGAGGGAAUGGCGCCGGACAGACCCGGGGUGGUCAUCAUCCACGACGCCGUGCGGCCGUUUGUGGAGGAGGAGUUUCUACACAAGAUCGCCACGGCCGCCAGAGAACACGGGGCGGCGGGAGCUAUCCGACCUCUCGUUUCCACGGUGAUCGCCACCACAUCCGAGGGUUUCCUGGAUCAUUCUCUGGAGCGAGCCAAGUACAGAGCCAGCGAGAUGCCUCAGGGUUUCAGCUACGACGUGAUCCGUCAGGCCUAUGAGAGGUGCACCGAGACCGACUUCGAGUUCGGCACCGAGUGUCUCCAUCUGGCUCUGCAGUACUGUGGCACCAACGCCAAGCUCAUCGAAGGUCCGCCGACGCUGUGGAAGGUGACCUACAGAAAGGAUUUAGCUGCUGUGGAGUCAGUCAUCAAAGAGUCGCUGUCCGAGUCCGCCUGCAUGAUCACUGGAGGACGGGCGUCCGCCGCGGCGCUGGCUGAGGCCUUCCAGAAGGCAGCUGGAGCUCUGCAUAUGGGGCUGGACCCCAUCCCAGAUGUGACGGCAGAGAACUCCAGGUAUCUGCUGAAGGAGGCCAACUUCAUCCAGGUUUCUAUAAAUGAUCAAUGUCUGUCUGAAGUGGAGGCUUUAAUCCAGGCUUUGGAGGAGGCCAAUCCAGCUCUUCUUCACCCGCUGGUCGUCAUCUGGAUGCUUGUGAUCACUGAAGACGAGGCGUCUGACGGCAGCACGGCGGCACCAGCAUCUGCACUCAUGGACAUGGCCUCAACAGCCAAGCUCCACCAAAUCCUGCUUUAUGGGAUCCAGUUUCAUCAGUCCGAGAACCCACAAAAUCCACUCAGCAGAAUUUCAAAAUAAAAGUCUUUGUAGAAGCAGCACACUCACUUCCUCUGAUCUGUAAACCUGUCAGUGAAAAACACUGUUGUGUGAACAUCCAGCAGGUAAAAUGUUUCUAUCUGAAGAGAAAAUGUUUCUAAAGAUGAAUCUGAUGUGUAAAAAGAAUAAAGGAAAAUCUUUCUACUUUA